UCUCACCAUCAUUUGAACGUCUGCGGCCGCGGUGAUGACGAUUGUGUGUCUCGUUUAACAAAUCCUUCUCGUCUGCUCAGCGCCAUCUCUGCUCUUGCAGCAGCUCCCAUCUCCCCUUACGAGGCUGCCACACACCCCUAUCGCAACGUUGACUUGUCGUCCGCGCCCUCCUCGCCCUCGCACGCUGGAUCUGCCUUCGCGUUUGUAGCUGGUGUCGUCGCCGAUGCACCGGGCGUAGGCAGCGUUGGUAUCUUCGCACAGUCACCGUCUCUUCAGCCUACCACACCACUCGUCUCAGCAUUUGAGCUCCACCAGCCCACUUGCGUGAAGAAUUGCCGAAGUAUAUUCCACGCAGUUGACCAAGCUUCGGUCUUGACGCACGAUCUCGUACGCGCUGGUCGCAGUGAUGAAAGGCUUCCGCCAACGAGUGCACGAGCAGCUCUCCAGAGCCAAGGAUUCGACUAAGUCGUCUUCCAAGAAGACAAAAGACGCCAACUCUACAGCGUCGUCCGGCUCUGCAUCGCCAUCGCAAGGCCACGCCCAGUCACCAGCUACUUCCAACCACGGCACGCCAACUUCGUCUACCACCCAGCUUGUAGACCCCCGUAACAAGCCUCUUCCAAGUAAUGACAAUAUAGGCGCUAGCUCGCUUCAUGGCUCAUUGCAACCAGGUCAACCCGGCUUGAACAGCUCAGUGACCUCUGGUACUCAAUUUUCUUCAUUGCCAUCCGCGCAGUCGACUUUGGGAAGCUCCGGCGUUCCAAACGUCGUCGGCGCGAUGAACCACAGUAAUGCAGGCACUCCCUCUCGUGCACCACAUCACCUUCCACCAAGCGUCGUCGUUAGUCCCAGCGGCCCUCACGUCCCGGCGCCUGGAGCUACCGAAACCAUGCCAACCGAUCUGGCCCCACCCAAACCUGGAGAGAAGCGUCUGUUGUUCGACAGAUUACAAGCAACACCAAAGGAUGUUCCCGAAGGCAUCAGAACGCCGAAGCGUCAGCACUCGUCGCGAUUCGACAUCUCAGAUCAGCGUCAGAGAGAGCUAGAGAAGCUCCCAGGCUUCCACGAGGUGCCUCCAAACCGUCGACAAGAGCUCUUCAUGCAGAAGAUCGAUCAAUGCAACAUAAUCUUCGACUUCAACGAUGCCAGCGGUGACAUGAAGUCUAAAGAGAUCAAGCGUCUUGCCUUGCACGAGCUGUUGGACUAUGUUGCAAACAACAGGCAGGUCAUCACCGAGCCUAUGUACCCCAAGGUUGUCGAAAUGUUUUCCAAGAACCUCUUUAGACCCAUUCCGCCACCAAUGAAUCCGCAGGGAGAGGCCUUCGACCCCGAAGAAGACGAGCCAGUUCUCGAAGUUGCGUGGCCCCACAUUCAAGUUGUCUACGAAUUCUUCCUGCGCUUCAUUGAAAGUCAAGAUUUCAACACAAAUAUCGCCAAGCAAUACAUAGAUCAUCAAUUUGUUCUAUCAUUGCUCGAGUUAUUCGAUUCCGAGGAUCCUCGCGAGAGAGACUUCCUCAAAACAACAUUGCACAGAAUAUAUGGCAAGUUUUUGAACUUGCGAUCCUUUAUUAGGCGAUCUAUCAACAACGUGUUCUUCCAAUUUGUGUACGAAACCGAACGAUUCAACGGCGUCGCAGAACUUCUUGAGAUUCUCGGCUCCAUCAUCAACGGAUUUGCACUUCCUCUCAAAGAAGAGCACAAGCUAUUUUUGACGAGAGUUCUAAUACCGCUUCAUAAGGUCAAAAGCCUGAGCAUGUAUCACCCACAGCUAGCAUACUGCAUCGUUCAAUUUCUAGAGAAGGAUGCAGCGCUGACGGAAGACGUCGUCCUCGGACUUUUGCGAUAUUGGCCAAAAGUCAACAGCACGAAGGAAGUCAUGUUCCUUAACGAAGUUGAGGACAUAUUUGAGGUUAUGGAUCCGGCCGAAUUUGCGAAAGUCCAAGAACCCCUCUUCAACCAGCUUGCAAAGUCCGUUGCGAGCCCCCAUUUCCAGGUCGCGGAGAGAGCUCUAUACUUUUGGAACAACGAAUAUUUCUGCAACCUAGUCAGCGAUAAUGUCGAGGUCAUUCUUCCCAUAAUGUUUGCGCCGCUGUAUGAGAACUCAAAGGGACAUUGGAACAGGACGAUUCACGGUAUGGUCUACAAUGCCAUGAAGCUCUUCAUGGAAGUGAACCCCCAAUUGUUUGAUGAUUGCUCGCACGAGUAUGCCGAACAACAAAAACAGGCCAAAGAGAAGCAGCUCGCCAGAGCUGCACGAUGGAGCAAGCUCGAGGAACUGGCAAAGGGCGUCAACGGUCGGAUACCGCCUCCCUUGGCAACCACAACUGGCCAAGGAACCAAAGUCCUGUCGCCCAGGGCAGAAGAUGGAGACCCACUGAGCCAGGAAAGACGGAAUCUGGAAGCGAUGAGGCUGCAGGAUGACGUUGCGAAAGAUAGGCGUUCACAAGAAACGCCUCCCUCCUCGGUGAGUUGAACGUUCCGAUCGCUUCGAGGAACAUCUUGCGGGAUUCUACCUGUCGUAUCUCGCUCUGUACAUCUUCGACCGACCUACGAUCUCAUUUUUCCUCUCUUCUUUAUCAUUGGUGUGCAUUUGUGGCGCCUGGAGUUGGCUCUAACCACGGAGUUUUGGAUCUAGAGGCGUACUCAAUCUGAUGAAUCGCGUUCGCAGCGGCCGCACACUAGGCCACGCAGCAACAGCCGACCCAAUUCAUCUGGUGGACCCAAAAGAACAAACUCCAACCCAACCGUGCGGUCAUAACGUCCAGCCACUCGAGAUGUAACAGGCGGCGGAAUCAGCACGCUUCUACGGCUCUAGGCGUAACUGAUCGCCCACCUGGAGCCUCUGUACGGCCUAGUGGUAUGGUAGAGACAGAUACCAGACAGGUGCUUGCUCGGGCCAAGUAUGGGGUCCAACGGGGGCGAUUGAGGGGAUGGUCGAGCAACGUUCAUGCAGCGACACUGCUUAUGGCAGGACUAAAAGUGUUGGGGCUGUAUUUUUUUUGUUUCCAUUUUCUUCUGCUUUGAGAUGACGAUGAGACGGAUUUUGACGGCUUCGGGUUAUGGAUGUGCACGUGUAGAUGUGUUGCACUUGUGCGUAUCACGGGAGCGCAGCGAGCGAGUUUCCAAUGUACGCGGCAUGGUGGAAAGAAAAGCCUCUCCAGGUACUUGUUCAAUCGGUUCUUCCUUUACCAUAGACUUGGUCCGGCAUUGGGUGCGCGGACUUCUCGAAAUUCAUGAGCUUUUGAACCCCAAACUGCUUCCUGCUGCGGCGCAGAGGCCGUCGCCGAGGCCGUCGCCGAGGCAGGAGGGCCCGCCAGUCGGUCACAAGACGGGCGACGGAUCCGGGAUGCGGUCGUGCU